CACUCACUCACUCACUCACAUUCACACGCGCGCACACACACACACACGGACGCGCGGAUGAUCUGAUGACGUGGUGCCGUUCGCUUCGUUCAGCUGCGCGAGAGGAUGGCGGACCAGAACAGGCAAAUCAAACUCGCUGCAGCCAAGAAAAAGCUGAAGGAGUUUCAACAGAAGACCACCCCAUCCACAGGAAGUGCUGGACCAAAGAAGAAGAGGAAAGUUAAAGGAGGCGAUCAGCUGGAUGCAUCUGCUGACAGACACUCGCCAGACAAUGUGAGUCAGAUUGAGAAUAUUCUCAAAGUUAUGGUCUCUGAUCUUAGUCUGACUAAUGGAGUGUCUCAGCCUCCAUUUGUCAACAACAGUCAGGAUCAUGUGGAUGAGGUGAACCGGGUCUCGCAGGAGCUGGAGGAGACCAGCGCUGAACCCGUCUCUAACCCUGCUUCUGCUAUUAACACUGAGUGUGUCGCUGAUAACGCUGACCUGCAGCAGAAGUACACAGCAGAUGCAAAUGGCGAUGAACAUUCUCUGGAAGAUAACAGGCCGCUGUCGUCCACCGAGAGCCUGAGACAAAUUUCCCAGCAGCUCAACGGACUGCUGUCUGAGUCAACAACAUACAUCAAUGGAGACAACGGUCCACCGACGGUCAACGAGAAGGAACUGGAGACUCGCAACCAGGAGCUGGCAGCAGCUCUGGACUCCAGCGCACUCACAAACGCCCAGCUCACGUCCAAACUUGAGACACUGACGAAGCAGUCUCAAGAGCUUUCUGAUCAACUACAGAAGGAGCGGAAAGAGUUUGAGCAGAAAUUCACUAAGGAGCAGGGAGCGAUGCGUGAACAGCUACAGGUUCACAUUCAGACGAUUGGCAUCCUGGUGUCUGAGAAAUCAGAGCUACAGACGGCCCUGUCUUACACACAGCAGGCAGCACGACAAAAGACAGCGGAGGCAGAAGAUCUGAGCUCGCGGCUGCAGGCCAGUAAACACCGAGUGUCUGAGUUAGAGAGGACGUUAUCUUCAGUCUCCACACAACAGAAGCAGUUUGAGAAGCAUAACAAAGAGCUCGAGAAGGAGCGAGACAGUCUACGGUUGGAAAUCCUCAGGUUUAAUAAUUUAAGCGAGGAGUCCAGACAGCAGAGCUCAGAAUUGUCUGAGCAGCUCAAGCUGAGAGUAAAUGAAAACAGCGCCUUGAAACAGGAGGUUGAUGAGCUCCGUAAGCGGCUGGAGAUGGCCGACGUCAUGCUGCAGCAGUUCUCCAGUCAGUCGGGUCCUCCGUCUGAGCACCAGCAGGUUCAGCUCCUCCUGGAAGAAAAACACCAGUUAGAGUCUCACACAGCUCAGCUGAUGGAGUCGGUCGCUCAGCUCCAAGUGGAGAGAGAUCAGUACGCUGUACAGAUACAGGAAGAGGGACGAGUGUGGAAGGACAAAACAGAACAGCUUCUGUCUCAGGUGCGUCUGAUGUCAGAGGAGCGGGACAGCACUGCUGCUCAGAUUCAGGAGCUCCAGGAGAAGAUCACAGAGCUGGAGAACACUGCAGCUCUGAUGAGUAAAGAGCAGGAGGCGCAGGCUGUGUCACAAACCUCAGGCCCUUCAGAAAGUGAACUGGCCCUUCAGGAAACCAUCAGCAGCCUUCAGCAAGAGAGAGAGGCUCUCAGUCUGCAGUACCAAGCACAGGUGCGAGACAAUGAGCAGCUGAGCCGACUGGUGCAGGAACAGGAAGUGAGGCUGGAAGAACUGGAGAGACAGGCCGAACGGGCCGAUGAAGAGGCUCAGGAUCGACUCCGUAUUCUGGAAGACGUCCAGAGCGACAAGGCCACCAUCAGCAGAGCCCUGGCCCAGAACCGAGACCUCAAAGACCAGCUGGCCGAGCUGCAGAACGGCUUCGUCAAGCUGACCAAUGAGAACAUGGAGCUGACCAGCGCUCUGCAGUCAGAGCAGCACAUCAAGAAGGAGAUCGCUCGUAAGAUGGGUCAGCUGCAGGAAGACCUGCACAAUGCCAAAGAACAGCUGCAAGAGAAGUGCGGUGAGGUGGCGUCUGUGCAGGAGCAGAGGGAUCAGUAUCUGGCUCACCUGCAGCAGUACACGGCCGGAUACCAGCAGCUGGUGGGGGAGCGAGAGCAUCUGCACAAGCAGUUCCUGCAGCAGGCGCAGCUGAUGGACCGACUGCAGCACGACGAGGUGCAGGGCAAAGUGCAGUUGGAGCAGAGUCACAUGCAGCUGCAGGAGGCACAGGAGAAACUGGACCGGCUGGUCAGAGACAAUGAGGAGCUGAAGACGGAGGUGCAGGAGCUUCUGAACAGCUCGGUUUUGAACACCUCACGCAGAGACGACGGUGAUGGUUUGGAAAGUCACUCUGUCUCAGAGAGCUUCCAGAAAUCACAGAUUGUCAUCCCAGAAGACUUUGAGAGCAGAGAAGAGAUGGAGGAGUUUAUUCAUUCUGCUCUGACACGUCUGGAGGAAGAGCGAGAUGAGAUGAGCCGUCGGUUCGAGGAGGAGAGGAGACUUCAUCACGCCACCCGACAACAGCUGUCAGCCGUGAGCCACGAGCAGCAGCAGCAGCAGCAUCAUCAUGAACAUCAUCCUCAUGAUCAUCAUGAUCAUCAUCCUCACAGCACAGAAUGCUCUGAUGGGGUUCCGGUGGAGGUGCACGAGGCUCUGCGAGUCGCCAUGGAGAAACUCCAGACACGUUUCACUGUGCUCAUGCAGGAGAAGGUGGAUCUGAAGGAGCGAGUGGAGGAGCUGGAGCACCGCUGCAUUCAGCUGUCAGGAGAAACCGACACCAUCGGUGAAUACAUCGCUCUCUAUCAGAACCAGAGAGCCAUCAUGAAACAAAGACACUAUGAGAAAGAGCAGUACAUCAACAUGCUGGCUAAAGACAAGGAGGAGAUGAAGGCGAAGCUAGCAGAGCUGCAGGAUCUGGUCAUGCGUCUGGUGGGUGAGCGUAACGAGUGGUACAGCAGAUACAUGAGCGCCGUCGGUAACCCCGACCUCCUGUCCUCCGGAGGAGAACACCUCCAUUCUGCUGAGAGACACACGGACAGUCCAGCCGUUCUGGACCUGAGCACAGCAGUGGACGCAUAUUCAGUGCCUCAAACCAGCACAGACCCACAGAGUCCAUCCCAGAGCUCAGAGAGACCUGGAUCCGCACUGGACGGCCCGUCCCUGAGACCCAAAGAGGACGGCACGGCCCGCCAAAUCAUGCAGCUCCUGCAGGAAAUCCAGAAUCCUCAGGCCAGACCCGCUCCCUUCCUAGGAGAAAACCCCUGCAUCCCAUUCUUCUACCGGCCCGACGAACAUGACGAGGUCAAGAUCCUGGUGAUCUGAAAGCAUCCGUCUCUCCGUAGAGGCCGAAUCUCAAUCUUUUCAUCUCAUCUUUCCUGCUUGGCUUCUGGCGAGAGGGCGUUUGAUGAUGCGGACAUCACGUAUUAAAUGGCUUACCCUUUUUUUUUUCUCUGGUUUGUACAGUGAAUAAGAGAAAUUUGAUCCCUUCUGAAGCUCUUCGGCUCCAUUUGGUUUGCCUCUAAACCAGUUAAUCCAUACAAAUAUCAGUUUUCGCUGCUCUUUCCCUUAUUCUUCCUGUUUUACUUUAUCAAAAAAGUGCAAUAGACAGGUGAAAAACAGAUCGGUGAAUCAUAUCAGUAUGAUUCAUUGAUUCAGAUAUCAUUGAUUCAAGUGAAUUACGUAAUGAACUCACACACUAACAGUAAUGAAGACAGUAAUGAGUAAGCAAGUCUGGACAAAGAUGAUGAAGUGUUUUCUGAGAGAAUCAGAUUAUGAAGUGUUUGUUUAUUUGCAAAGCAUGUAGGGCAGAGUGUUAAGAAGGAAAUGAAUCAGAGCUAAACAUUUACAAAUCUUGACUCAUUCGAUCUGAAUGUGCUUUAUGCAUCACGUUGUAAGUUAGAAAUGAGCCGAGAGCGUUCAGUGCACACGAGAAACUCAGACAUUUUUUUAUUUGCUUUUCUAAUUGGGAUUUAUUGAAAGAUGUAGUUAUUAUUUCCUCCUUACAAACACAAAAGCACCUUGUGUUUUUUCCAGUCUGUGUGAUGUCGAAGCUUUCGAGAUGUUAGCGAUCGUUUGCGGCUAACUCUAUGACGCUAGCGUCCGUCAGCUGAGAGUUUGGAGUGUCGUUUGUAUGUGGAGUGAAUGACAGAGCGUUUAUGAGAGCUGUACAUAUAUUAGAAAAAACCAUUUGUAAUAAUUCCUCUUACAUGAGCAAAGCUUGACCGGUGAGUUCAUGCAUAAACAUCUUCCACCGUCAGACUCGGCAACACUUUCUGUGCAGAUAAAGAGUAAUGCAUUGCAUAGUUAUUUUGCAUGCAUUAUUCUCUUUAGAAAUACAUGCAUUAUCAGUCUACAGGUAUUUACAGAAACAUUCAACCAAUUUUAAAGUAGAAUGCAUUGGGUAUUGCUCUCUAAUGCAUUAUAUUUACACACAGCGCGUGUUGCCGAAUCCAAGUGAACUCAUGUAUGUGGUCAGAACUGGAAGGCGUGUGGAUGGAGUUUACGUCCGAAUACUGUUUAGUCCCUGCUGUUCUCUGAAGCACUUUUAUUAGUUGCAUCUGUGAGCGUCGAGCUUCUGCAUCAUUGCGUUGCCAUGUAUGCAUAUAUUUUCCAGUGAUUGUUUUGGGCGUGGGCUUUAAUCAGACGUCGAUUGUUUAGCAGAAGCCGCACCGCGAGCUUGUUCAUGUAACGGAUGUGUAAAUAGUGUAACUGUGUAUCAUACUGUAUAUUGAUUUGGGGGACGGCUUGCGUUUGCCUGCUGAAGAUACAGAUGAAUCUUGUGGGACGAGAGGACGGGAUGUUUGUGUGGUUUCGUACUACGGCUGAACUAAAGGAGAAAUAUAUUUAUUUGGGAUAAUUACACACUAAUCUGUUUUAAUUUAGACUGAUGGAACACAAUGAAGGAAUAAUGAGUAGUUUGAGCAGAAAUACUUCUGUGAUGAUUUUCCUCCUAAAUAAACCUGAUUGAGCAAAAUGAA